AUGCCGGUGAUGAAAGGCUUGCUGGCGCCGCAGAACACCUUUCUGGACAACAUCGCCAACAGGUUCGAUGGGACACAUAGCAACUUCCUCCUGGCCAACGCUCAGGUGCAUCGCGGCUUCCCCAUUGUCUACUGCUCUGACGGAUUCUGCGACCUCACUGGUUUUGCCCGGACAGAAGUCAUGCAGAAGAACUGCAGCUGCCGCUUCCUCUAUGGCAGCGAGACCUGCGAAGCCAUUCUGCAGCGCAUUGAGAAAGUGCUGGAGGGAAAGCAAGAGUACCAGACCGAGGUCUGCUUCUACAAGAAGGGUGGAACAGCCUUUUGGUGUUUGCUGGACAUUGUACCUAUCAAGAACGAGAAAGGCGAGGUGGUCCUUUUCCUCUUCUCCUUCAAGGACAUCACUGAGAGCCAUGGAAAGAGCCACCCCAGUGAUAAGAAGGAUGAAAACCACCGCUGUAAGAAGGCUGGGAGCUCCCAUCUGCGGGCAGCCAGGAAACAAGGCCGCACAGCCUUGCACCAUCUUGCCAGCCAAUUCACCAAGAAGGAACAGACGGAGAUGAAGAUGAACAGUAACGUCUUUGAAAACAAGCCCUCAGUGCCAGAGUACAAAGUGGCCUCUGUCCAGAAGUCACGCUUCAUCCUCCUCCACUACAGCUUCUUCAAGGCCCUGUGGGACUGGCUCAUCCUCCUGGCCACUUUCUAUGUGGCUGUGACUGUUCCAUACAACGUGUGCUUCACUGACACUGAGGACAGUUUGGCAGCUGCUCGCAGCACCAUCGUCAGCGAUAUCGUCGUGGAGAUGCUUUUCAUUGUUGACAUUAUAUUGAACUUUCGGACCACGUACGUCAGCCAGUCAGGCCAGGUGGUCUAUGAUACCCGUUCGAUCUGCCUCCACUAUGUGGCUACGUGGUUCUUUGUGGACUUGAUUGCAGCCUUGCCCUUUGACCUCCUCUAUGCCUUCAAUGUCCCAGUGACCUACCUGGUGCACCUGUUGAAGACAGUGCGCCUCCUGCGAUUGCUACGCCUACUUCAAAAGCUGGAUCGCUAUUCUCAGUAUAGUGCUAUGGUCCUGACCUUGCUCAUGUCCAUGUUCGCCUUGCUCGCCCAUUGGAUGGCUUGCAUUUGGUAUGUCAUCGGUCGGCAGGAGAGCCACGACCCAGUGACCUGGGACAUCGGCUGGCUCCAUGAACUGGGCAAGCGGAUAGAGGCCCCAUACACCAACAGCUCCGUGGGCGGACCCUCCAUCCGCAGUGCCUACAUCGCUUCUCUCUACUUCACCCUCAGCAGCCUGACCAGUGUGGGCUUUGGCAAUGUCUGUGCUAACACCGACGCCGAGAAAAUCUUCUCCAUCUGUACCAUGCUCAUUGGCGCUCUGAUGCAUGCUGUGGUCUUUGGCAACGUGACAGCCAUCAUCCAGCGCAUGUACUCCCGACGCUCCCUCUAUCAUACCCGUAUGACGGAUCUCAAGGACUUCAUCCGCAUCCACCGCCUGCCCCAGCAGCUCAAGCAGCGCAUGCUGGAAUACUUUCAGACCACAUGGUCCGUCAACAAUGGUAUUGACGCCAAUGAGCUUCUGCGGGACUUUCCAGAUGAACUACGAGCAGACAUCGCAAUGCAUUUGAACAAGGACAUUUUGCAGCUUCCGCUGUUUGAGAGUGCCAGCCGCGGCUGCCUGCGUGCCCUUUCUUUGCACAUCAAAACAUCCUUCUGUGCCCCCGGGGAAUAUCUCCUUCGCCAGGGAGAUGCCCUACAAGCAAAUUACUUUGUCUGCUCAGGCUCCCUCGAAGUCCUCAAGGACAACAUAGUGCUGGCCAUUUUGGGUAAAGGGGAUCUCAUUGGAGCCGACCUGCCCAACAAAGACCAAGUCAUCAAGACCAAUGCAGACGUCAAAGCACUGACCUAUUGCGACCUCCAGUACAUCAGCCUGCGUGGCCUCUUUGAGGUGCUGGAGCUGUACCCUGAAUAUUCUGCCAAGUUCAUGGCAGACAUCCAUCAGGAUCUCACCUUCAACUUACGUGAGGGCAGUGAGAUUGAGGGACUUCUCAGAUUCUCCAGGUCCCCACGUCUAUCCCAGUCUCACCUUGAAAGUGGUGCUGCCCUUGAAAAGCCCCUGCCCUCCAUCCAGGAGUACAGUGAGGACCCUGAGGACAUCUUCCAGCCUUCACCUGCCACCAUCACCCGCCGCAAACUCCUCUUACCCAAUCUCAACAGUCCUGUGAGGCGUGGCUCCUUCAACAGCCUAUUGGGAGAUGACCUGCGCCAGUUCUCAGCCCUGCGGCGAAAUUGUCGGUCCCCGGCCCACUGCAACCGGGGCCGCAGCCCCUCUCCGCGGUGUUGCCGUGAUGAAUGGCACUCUGACAACCAGAGCAGCAAUGGGCAGAAACCUGGCAAACUCCUCAUUCCCUCCCUUGUGAACUAUGGAACCCCAGACCUCAGCCCCAGAGUUGUUGAUGGAAUUGAAGAUGACGGUGGCACAUCAGAGGCACAAACUUUCAAUUUCAACAUGGAUCAGCCCCGGCAGAGCUCAGUGCAAGAGCCUCCAGUAUCAGGGACGGAGCAAGCCAACCCUGUGUUAGCUGCAGAAGCUGAUGAGGUAAAGCAGAACAUCCGGAGGCUGAAUGAAGAGAUCAACAGCCUGAACCGGGAAGUCUCUCAACUCAGCCGAGAGCUGCAACAUCUGAUGAACCUCCUUCAGAGCCAGCUAGUCACUCAGUCUUCCUUUGUCCCUGCCUUGAGCUGUCCCCACAGCUGUGGCCAGGCCUCACCCUCCACGCCUCCUUCAUCUCAGGCCUCUGUGUCCAUGCCACCCUCCAGCCUCCCUGCUUCCUCAAGCAUAGACUUUUCAGCCUUUACUAACUCCCCACUGUCAGCUGCCUCCCAUUGCCCGGAGCACUUGGGACUCAGGGAACAGCAAGGUACCACUUCCUGUGGCCCUGCAAGUCCCAAGUACCAAUACCAUUCCCCGUGGGCAGAGCAGGGACGUGGAAGCCACCACUGUGGCCAGAUGGCUAAGAUGACUUCUUCCCAUUCCAGCUCACCUGUGUUGUGUCCUGUUACCUCUCUCUCCCCGAGAAACUCUGUCUCUGUAUGCUCAGGACAGGGCUGUCCAAGAGCACACUUUCAUUUCCGGUCAAGUUCAGAGACCUUUUACUGA